UUUUUUUUUCCUUUUCUUUUUCUUUAUAAUACAUUAUAUCAUGCCUUUACUUGAUAAAAUCAAUUUACGUCCUAUUACAAAUUGGAUCUCAACACGAUCUUUCACAACUUCUCGAUCAGUUUUAUCAGAAACUACUAACAAGUCUACAACAGCACCUACUGGUGGAUUAUACCAAUUCUUCGAAAACGGUGAAGCAUUACCAAAACGAAACUGGACAGGUCGUGCCUGGAAAGCAAGUGAACUUCGUUUAAAGUCAUUCGAAGAUCUUCACAAACUUUGGUAUGUUUUGUUGAAGGAACGUAACUUAUUAGCAACACAACGUGAAGAAGCAAAACGAUUAAAAGUACACCGUUUAGUAUGGACUAAUGCUGGCCGUGUGAAGAAGUGUCAACAAUCCAUGGCUCGUAUCAAGUUUGUAUUAAACGAAAGACAACGUGCUUAUGAAGCUGCUUUGGAAAAACAACAAUUAGCUCAAAAAUAGAUCAUAUCCCUCAUUUUUUUUUAUAUACGUUAGAAUCUUCUUUACAUAGUCUUUUGUUAUUUAUUUUUCUUUUUUCUUUUUUUUUCAUAUUGUAUACAAUUGAUGUUUAUAAUGCAAAUAAAAACAACAACAAUCAUUUCCACUCA